GUGCGCAGCUUUUAUGACCCACAGACAAGACAAAGACGAAUAGUUAGAAUAAGAACGAAGGAGAUGGUAGUGCUUUCGGUAUUAUGUAUUUGUGUAUGAGAACUGUGCGCAUAUCGUGUAUGAAACACUCCAAACUUGUGCGUGUUUAUAUAAAAAUAAGUUCACUUGUAUCUAAUACAUGUGUGUAAAAGUGACACUGUGCUUCGUUCUCGUUCACUACCGGAUAGGUAGGUGUGAUAGAACAAGAAAAAAAGAGUAAAAUAGAAACAAUUGUCUAUACAGAACGUGUGUUAAGUCGUAGACGUACGCAUCAAAAGUUGUGGAAUCGACGUGUCGUUAAAGUGAACUUGACGAGGUGAAAUGCGAGUUUAUCUGUCUGUCUGGCCGCAGCACUGUUCUUCCUUUUCCCCGUCGAGCGGAACUAACGACGGUGUCGGACAUUACUAUCUGUGGAACGAAACUGUGGUUCUGUUUACACUGGAAAAAUUGACAGUCUUCGAGGAUGUACGCGAAGGGGAAGGGGUCCACGGUGCCCUCCGAUUCUCAAGCAAGAGAAAAGUUAGCCUUAUAUGUAUAUGAAUAUUUAUUGCACGUUGGAGCACAGAAAGCAGCACAGACAUUUUUAUCAGAGAUACGAUGGGAAAAAAAUAUCACUCUUGGCGAACCACCUGGAUUUUUACAUUCUUGGUGGUGUGUAUUCUGGGAUCUGUAUUCAGCAGCACCGGAACGACGGGAUUCCUGUGAACAUAGCAGUGAAGCCAAAGCAUUUCAUGAUUAUGGUUUUGUAAACAGUGGUUAUGGUGUUAAUGGCAUUGCUCAUAAUGCUGGUCCAGCUCCUUCUCCUAUAGGACAAAUGCCUCCCAAUGAUGGAAUGCCUGGUGGUCCAAUGCCUCCUGCUUUCUUUCCAAACAACUCGACAAUGCGACCAUCUCCGCCCACACACCCCUCAUCACAGCCAUCCCCCCAGCACCCCCAGCCACCCCCGCCCCCACACUCGCAGAUGAUGUCCACUCAGUUUAUGGGUCCUCGAUAUCCUGCUGGACCAAGACCUGGUGUACGUAUGCCACAAAUGGGAAAUGAUUUUAAUGGGCCUCCUGGACAACCAAUGAUGCCAAAUAGUAUGGAUCCAACAAGGCAAGGCGAAGCUGGAGAAUUUGUAGGGUGGCAAGCUCCUCCAGGCAUGAAUCCUAUGAAUCCAAGAAUGAAUCCUCCACGAGGACCAGGAAUGGGUCCAAUGGGACCAGGAAGUUACGGACCUGGAAUGAGAGGGCCACCUCCUAAUAGUAGUUUAGGUCCAGGAGGUCCUGGAGGUCCUGGUAUGCCACCAAUGAGUAUGGCUGGACCAGGUGGUAGACAACAGUGGCAACCUAAUACAUCUACGCCGAUGAAUUAUUCGUCAUCAUCACCGGGUAAUUAUGGAGGACCACCUGGUUCAACAGGUCCUCCCGGUCCAGGUACACCAAUUAUGCCCAGCCCACAAGAUAGUAGUAAUAGCGGUGGUGAAAAUAUGUACACCAUGAUGAAACCUGUACCUGGAGGAAAUAUGCCUGGAGAUUUUCCAAUGAGUGGUGGACCAGAAGGUGGUCCAAUGGGUCCUAUGGGUCCAAAUACAAUGGGUCCUGUUCUAAAUGGUGACGGCCUUGAUGGAAUGAAAAAUAGUCCAGCUAAUGGUGGCCCUGGAACACCACGAGAAGAUAGUGGAAGUGGAAUGGGUGACUAUAAUCUGGGUGGUUUUGGAGGUCCUGGAGAAAAUGAUCAGACUGAGUCAGCGGCCAUACUCAAGAUCAAGGAGAGCAUGCAGGAAGAGGCGAAGAGGUUUGAAAAGGAUUCAGAUCAUCCUGAUUAUUACAUACAAUAACUUUUCACGAGUCGUUGGGCCCCGAGACCAAACUAAUGUUUUAAGAAAAACAGAUCACAAAAAUCAAUUCCUCCCUUUCUCUCUCUUUCUCUCUUUCUCUUUCUCUCUUUCUCUCCCGUCUCCUUAAAUCCGAAAAGUCUCCUCCUCACUGCACUUGUAUUUCUUGUAAUCUCAUUCCUAACCUCAUUAAUCCAUCCUCUUUCAACUUCGAAUCAUUAAACAGUAUGUGCAGAGAUAGAGGGAAAUUUUUUUUUUUCAAAGUGCAAGGAAAGAGAAGAAGGUUAAGCUCCUUAAAAAAAGAAAAAAAUAAUGCACAAGAAUAAUGUAGAAAUUGAAGAAGUUUUUACUCCCUUGCGAAGUGAUGGGGUUAUGGCGUCCCAUGAUUUCUUCAUCCUCUUCGGGUAACGAAAAGGACAUAACCGUUUUAAAGUAAGAAUUAUCGAAUUUUCAAAAAACACUUUCGCAAAAAAAAAAAAAAAAUCUUUCGUAAUUUUGCGUUGACGUACAUUCUUAUAAACAAUAUACACGUAUACACGAUCAUCUCGAAUCGUCGUCGAACGAUGAUAUUUGCUUUGCAAAUGGACUCGAAAUAUUUCCUUCGAGUGACAUCUGGUAUCGCUUAAAGGAAAUAAUCAAGAUUUUAAUAUGUAGAAAAAGAUGUUAUAGUUAAAAAAGAAAAAAAAAAUUGUGCAUAAAUUUGAUAUGAUAUAUAAGUAUUAUUUAUAUAUAUAUAUAUAUAUAUAUACAUACAUACAUAUAUAUAUAUAUAAAAAUUACGUUUAAAUUUUUAUUUCAAAUUUGUAAUCGUAAAUAUUUUUUAUUUUAAAUAAUUAAUCAUUUAUUAUUAUUAUUAUUAUUAUUAUUAUUAUUAAUAAUUAAUCAUUUAAAAUAUUUGAGAAUUUGAUAUUAUAUCGAAGAAUUCGCGCGAAGAAUGCUCAUUGUUGUAAAUACAUGCUAACCUGUCAUAUUUCUUUUUACCAUUGAACGAUAAUUAUCCUUGUAUACUCUUAUAUACCUCUCGUCUUCUACUCUCUUGGAAAUCUUGAUUUUCUUCUCUAGAAUAAAAGACAAAAUAAAGUAAUAAAACAAAUGCUUUCUUAUUUUGCACUAAAUUAAAAAGAAAAUUUUAUAUUAUUUUUGUACACUUUGGAAAACAAUUUAAAUAAUAUAUAUAUAUAUAUAUAUAUAUAUAAUGUUUUUGUAAAUGAGAGUAGCAGUCGUAUUUCUUCCUUUUCUGUCUACCUUCUUUUGUGAAUCAUUCGAUUUUAAAAUAUCUCCAUAGAUCGUAUACUCGCGUAACGUUUCAUCGGUUUCCCUCAAUCGUCCUUCAAUCGUGCACAGCGAAUAGUUUCAAAUGUAUAUGUAAAAUUAAUAAAAAAAAAAAAAUAAAAAUAAAAAAAUAAUAACUGUGAUAAGACAAUGAAAAUAUAAUAUACUUCCAAUAAUACGGUAAAUUUAUUAUUUUAAGAAAAGAGCAAUAAUCAAUUGUAAUACACAGAUUCAAUGUACACUCGAAAGAACAUCGCUUUUGUCCAUGUAUAUGUAUUACUUAGUAUAUAUACAGAAAACAAUUUUAUCAAAUGAAACGAAACGUGCUCUAUUGAUUCCAAAUAAUGUUAAUAAAAAUAUGGAUUUUACGUAUCGACGAAAUAAGAUUUUCGAUGUUUCCAUUAAAACGAUCGAAACUUUUCGCAUGCGCCUUUCAUGAAAUGAUUUUCGAAACGAGAUCGAUCGAUUUGUAAAUAAUAAUUUCAGUAUUAUAUUUUAAAAAUAAAAUUUAUUAUUUCGAAAUUGAAUCUUUCUUCCUUUUUCUUUUCGAAAAUUUCAGCAUCGUGUGCUUUGAAGGAAUCAAGGAAAUAUAUGUAUGUAUAUAUAUCGAAAAUAUUUAUAUAUAUCUUUCACGGAUAAUUAAUAAAUUUUCAUUUUUUUCAAAUCACGAAUUAUUUCGAUCGCGCGAAAUCGAUCGGUCUUGCGCAAGAUUGUACGUCAGCGCAGUGAUUUGCGAGCAUUGGUAAUAUAAUAGCUGUACUUGUCAUUGUGGCAUCAUUCUACAGUCAAUCUGUCGGCUAUUCCUUCCGAGAAAAAAGCAUCAAUAUCUUCCAUGAAGUUAUGAUACAUAUACCCGAGAAGAUCCACAGAGAACGCAACGCCUACAUAUGUGCUUUUUUCUGUCAAUACAAAGAAUGCAAUUUUAAAGGGGUCCCGAUAGAUGCCGGUGUUAGAGUGGUCAAUGGUAUCGAUAUUAUCGUGUGGGACAAGACAAAGAAAAAGUGGGUUCUUAAUUUAUUUACAAGAGGGAGUAAGGAACGAGGUAUAUUACGUAUAUCAAUCGUUCAAUGUUGUGUAUAGUGCAUAGUGGAAAAAUAUAACGAGAACACGUGAUAUCACGUCGAAUAAUAAAAAAAGUAAAUCGAAAUAAUAUUGCAUUGAUUCGAUCGAUCGAUAACGUUGUUCACUUCGGUACAUUUGCGUUUAAAAAGGACUUCACGGGCAUUGUUAAUAUUCAAGACGUUGCAAUCUCGAUUGUGUUGUAUACAGUGGAUCAGUUUUUAUUUAACUGGAGAAGCGCACAGUACUACUGAAAGGCUGCAAUAAAAAAAUUAUUUCGAGAAAAAGAAAAAAAAUAUCGGACACUUGGUUACUAGGGAAUUCGCGAGAGUUCACUUUUAUUAUUAUUAUUUGUGUCCGAAGGAAGGGAACCUGACGAGACGGUUCUUAAGAACAUAUUAUUAUUAUUAUUAUUAUUAUUAUAUCUCCCCCUAGGAUUUAAUCCGCUGUGGUGGGAAUCCGGCCAGUGUGCGUUGAUAGUACACAUUAAACGAAUUUUCAUUCGAGACGAUCGUCAUUUAUCGAUUAAAGAUAAAAAGACAAGUUUAUGCAUAACUGCCAGUGUUAAAAGAAUCUUUUUUCUCUUUUUAUCCCUAUACAUUCGAUUUCUUUGUUCGAAAUUUUUUUCAAUAUUUCGCAAAUAAUCGUGUUAUCCUCAAAUUGAAUUGAAACGAAAGGUUAAUCAUUUAACGUAUAAAGGAGUUCAUUUUUUGGUCGCGUACAGUUGGUAUCAAGUAUGUGUUUUUUAAGAAGCAGUGCACGCGGAUACGGUUUUUCUGCGUUAAAGCGACUAAUUACACAACGGAUAAAUAUAAAUGUAAUUAAAUAACAAGUUGAAACGAGAUUAUUACCUUGUUGUUUGAAAUCUGAUUCUUCUUGUCCGAUGAAAUAAUUCUGAUCGUUGUAGAAUCAUGAUAAAAUGCGAACAUACCUCGUCCAAAAGAUAAUGAAAAUUCAUUAAUCUAUGUAAGUUUUACAUUUAUUUUUCUGAUUAGUGCCUCGGAUCUGGGAAUGGCGGCGUGUAUAUAUACACACUUGUGUAUACUAUUUCGGCGCAAUUAAAUGUAAAUGUAUAAGUUGUAUAAAAUGUCGAGUGCAAUUCGGAUUAAAAAUAACCUAUACAGUAGAAUUACGGUAUUCCUGCUAAUUAUGUGAAACGUCAAAAAAAAUGUUAACGUCCAUUUUUUAUCGUUAAGAAAUUUUUAAAUUCAGGUAAAUUUCUUAUGUUUAUUUAUUAUACCUUGAUGAAGAAAUUUCAGAAUAAUAAUUAUUAAUGAUGAGAUAUCGUAAUAUCUUUACCCGAAUUUAAAGAUUAAUAAUGCGUUCAAAUAUGAAUAUUUAAAUUAUAUUAAGAAGAUUUCACGUUUAUUUACAAUGUAUAUUUAAUUUUUUUCUAGGAAUCAUGUGUUCGCGAAAAUUUACACGCUCUUUGAUUUUUUUUUCUUUUUUUUUUUUUUCUCUUAUUUCGUUCGAAGUUCAAAAUGAUUUCAUCCAACAAAAUGGUAACAUUUUUUUCUAUGAAGUAGAUAAGUAUUUCGAUUAAAGAAGAUGUAAAAAGAAUGUAGAAGGAAUAUUGCGUUAAGAAUAGACCAAAAACUUUUAGACGAAAGCAGUACAUAGUUUGUAUUUGAUCGUCUUUUAGCGCAUAAUUGAUUGUAAACAGAUUACGAAUUUAAUCGAUAUACUGAGGAUAAGGAUAAGAUAUUUGUAUAUUGUUUAAAAAAAACGUAUAGAGUUUAUAACUCUUGUGAUUAGGGAGGAAGUAUGAAGAAAAAAAAAAAAGAAAGGGAAUGGUAUCUCGCGCGUACCUCGUAUUAUAUGAUUUCGUAAGAUAAUUAGAAAUUCGUAAAAAAAAAAAAAAAAAAAUAUUAGAUUGGCAGGAAAACAGUGGUCGAGAAAUUUUUAAAUUGAUAUAUCGAAACGAAAAAAAAAAAAAAAUAUGGAGAAUAUCCUAGUCGUGAUAAAAAGAAAAGGAUCGAUCGUGUGUAAAUUAUAAAAGGGAAAAAUUAGGUUAUAUAAAAGAAACGAAUUAAAGCCGCCAUUAUCCCCACUCCCCUUAAUGAAUAUUGCAUUAAGAAAUAAAAAAA